CGGAAAUUUCAUAACUGUACACAGACAGUGGAGAGAAGAACACAUCUCAGUAUGAACUGAUGCUAUUUUACUUAUAAAAACUGACAUUUUAGCUUCUUAACAACAUGGUGAAUCUCGGUCUGACUAAAGUGGACGACGCGCUGGCGGCAAAACAUCCGGGUUUGCAGAGCUACGCUGCCUGUCAGUCUCAUGCCUUCAUGAAGGGAACUGGGACCUUUAUACUUGGUGCUGCAGGUUUUUUUGCCAUUCAGAAGGCUCUACAGAGGAAACUCCCUUAUCCCCUUCAGUGGAACCUACUUAUUUCAAUAGUGGCUUCAUCAGUUGGCAGUUAUGCUGUGACCCGCUGGGAAACACAGAAAUGUUCAGACCUUUGGAUAUUGUUGGAAACAGGCAAAGUCCCAGAUAGAUCACCACCACCACCACCGCCAGUACCUCAAGUAGAAGAAUCAAAGGGACCAGGGAAGACAAAAUAUGGUGAUGUGAUGGAGUGAACGUAGUUUCUAAUAAACUUAUUUAUCUACUAUA